AUGUGGUGGAGCUGCCUCCAGCUGCGGGACUGGGGACGCCACCUCCUGAAAUGGCCCCUGGGUGGCCCCAUCAACUCGGUGGUGACCGGGGCAAUCCCGCAGCUCUGGGCCCGAGCUUACGCCCCACCAACAGAAAAGAAGCGGUUUUAUCAGAAUGUUAGCAUCACACAGGGUGAAGGUGGCUUUGAGAUCAACCUGGACAAUCGGAAACUGAAAACACCCCAAGCCAAGCUCUUUACUGUCCCCAGUGAGGCCCUGGCUACUGCGGUGGCCACUGAAUGGGACUCCCAGCAAGAUACCAUCAAAUUCUACACCAUGCAUCUGACCACUUUGUGUAACACUUGUUUGGAUAACCCAACCCAGCGAAGCAAAGACCAGCUGAUUCGGGCGGCUAUGAAGUUUCUGGACACCGACACCAUCUGCUAUAGAGUGGAGGAGCCAGAGACAUUAGUGGAACUUCAGAAGAAUGAGUGGGACCCCAUUAUCGAGUGGGCUGAGAAGAGAUACGGUGUGGAGAUUGGUGCCUCCACCAGCAUCAUGGGGCCCAGCAUCCCAGCCAAGACUCAGGAGGCGCUGGCCAACCAUCUGGCAUCUUACAACUUGUGGGCCCUCCAAGGGAUUGAAUUUGUGGUGGCCCAGCUCAAGUCCCUAGUGCUGACCUUGGGUCUGAUGGAUCUGCGCCUGACGGUGGAGCAGGCUGUGCUGCUGUCACGCUUGGAAGAGGAGUACCAGAUCCAGAAGUGGGGCAACAUCGAGUGGGCCCACGACUAUGAGCUGCAGGAGCUGCGGGCCCGCGCAGCCGCCGGCACCCUCUUCGUGCAUCUCUGCUCCGAGAGCACCACCAUCAAACACAAGCUUCUGCAGGAGUGAGACCUGCG